AUGAGCUUGAAAAAUCAGUCACAACUUCCUAAUACAGGAGCACAGAUAUACCCUGGAACAAGUAGCAGUAGUGCCAGCAGCAGUAGCGCUGGUUCUGGUGGUGGAAUUGGACUUGGGCUUGGAAUUGGCAACGAACCAGGACUUGAAUUGGACAAAUUGUUCAUUUGCAAAUUCUGCUCACAAUCUUUCAAGAGAAACUCUGACUUGAAAAGACAUUCAAAGAUACACAUGAAAGUUUUGCCUCAUAUUUGUCAAGUUUGUGGAAAAAGCUUUGCUAGAAAAGAUGCUUUAAAACGACAUGGAAACACAUUAACAUGUAAGAGGAAUAAAGAAAAUGGAACAUAUCUAGACAAUUUGAAUUUUCUAAACGAAUAG